AUGAACAAUAUAGUACCAGGUCACAACCAACCUAUCGAGGAUCCAGUGGCACACUUCAAAGCCAUUCCCUGGUGUGCAAAACUUCUUACCGACCGCUCUGUGAUCGACAUACAGAUCCCCGACCGGACCCCUCUCGCCUCCUCGGAAUCCGCACUCGUGCGGCAGACCCUCAAUACCAUGGAGACGGUCAGAGCAUGCAUCGUCUUCCUGCGGUACAUCAAACCUACGAAAGAGAGCUUGGCAGCAGGGGAAACGAAAGAGAAGCCCUUCCUAGAACUGGUAACCCUCUUAGAUCUAGGCAAGGGUGUGAAUGGGUUUGCCGGAACAGCGCACGGGGGGUUCUUUGGCGUCGUGUUGGAUGAGGUGAUGGGGUCGGCUGUCAAAGCGCAGAGUGGUGUGUUUCCCCCCUCCCCUCAGCAAGAUGUCCAUUCGGAUGUAAUUGAUGAAACAGAUCAUGUCGGAUACACGGUGUACUUGAACGUGAAGUUCAAGAAACCGCUGUACACACCACAAGUCGUGGCCGUGCGUGGACGGGUACAUAAGAGGGAAGGCAAGAAGAUCUUCGUGAAGGGCCGCUUUGAAGACAAAGAUGGGGAGGCGAUCUCUGAGGCCGAUGGGAUGUGGGUUAUGACGGACAAGGAAAGUGCAAGCACUGAUAUUAAAGUGUCGAAGCUGUAA